UUCCUGUAUUUUUAACACGUGAAAUCAGUCAAAUUGUAAACAAUGCCCAAGAAACGUUUGGCACAGAACUGUUACAGAAGAAAUGACGAAAAAAGAUUACGAGAAUAUAAAAAUCAUAAUUUCCAGCCAACCGUUUUAAAUGACGACAUGAAAAGUUGCCAUAUUACAAAAUUAAUCAAGAAAAGUUACUCGGACAAGACAGAAACUUGUGAAGGUUGUAUAAACUUUUACCAUCAACCCUUCUUCCAUGCAGUGAUAAACAAUUUUGUACAAAAUGUAGAAUUUUUACAACAGCUACAAGAAGAAUUAUCAGAGUUAACAUUUACAGAAAAGAACAAUGAUCUCUACAAGUUUUACCAGAGUAAAGAAGAUUUAAAAGUUGUUGAUCAUCCAUGUAUAAAUGCUCUUAGGUCACUGAUAUAUAAAGACUUAAAAGAAUGGAUUACAGAUAUUACUGGUAUAGAACUAAUAGAUACUGUUGAUUUAUCCUGUGCCAAAUAUCAGUAUACAGAUACAUUGCUGUGUCAUGAUGAUGAGUUAGAUGAUAGAAGGAUAGCCUUUAUUUAUUACCUAGUACCAGACAAAUGGACUGAAGAAGAUGGAGGAGCAUUGGAUCUAUUUAAUGUUAAUGAAAAUGGUCAGCCAGAAGCAACAGUAAAGUCAAUUUUACCUAUCAGAAAUAAUUUUGCCUUCUUUGAGGUUAAUGCUGUAUCUUUCCAUCAGGUUGCUGAAGUAUUAACAGAAGACAAGACAAGACUGUCCAUAAGUGGUUGGUUCCAUGGACCACCUGUUAAAAGACCUGAACCUUAUGUUGAAUCUCCUGUCACACUACAGCCAUCAGGAUCUGUUGAUGAAGAUAUAUUUUAUGAGUGGAUAAAUCCUGCUUAUUUGGACCCAGUUACACAGUCAGAAAUACAGGAAAAAUUUGAAGAAGAUUCAGAAAUUGAACUUACAGACUUCUUACUGCCAGAAAAAUAUGAAGAAUUAAAAACAGUAAUUCAAGAGACAAACUUAGAAUGGAAAAAGAAAGGUCCUGCCAACAAAAGGAAAUACUCAGCAUUAGACAUGAACUCUGCACCAGAGAUAUUGAAGAACUGUAUAGAUUUUCUUCAGUCAGACGCUUUUUUUUUGGUUUUGUCAAAUAUUACAGGUUUGAAGUUACAUGAACUGGCCUCUUGUUCAGAUUCAGAAGGGGAAACAUCAGAGAAUGCUGAGACUAAUCAAAAUAAUGGUGGAGAAAAAAUACCAUGCUGCCAUAGUGAGGUUAGAAAAUGGAACCAUGGGAACUAUACAUUGAUCCAUGAUACAGAUUGUACAACAACAGAGUUUGAAUUAGAUUCUUUGUUACAUAUAUGUUGUGAAGGUUGGAGUGAGGAAUAUGGAGGAUUCACGUCAUAUAUUGCUAAAGGAGAAGACGAUGAGUUGCUGUCAGUUUACCCAACAGAAAAUAGUUUAUCAUUGGUUUACAGAGACAAAGGGACACUAAAAUUUGUUAAAUAUCUAAAUCAUAAAGUUACUCAGAUGCCAACAAAAGGAUUUUAUGAUAUUUUGUCUGUUUAUAGAGAAUAAAUUUUGUUUUUAAUA